UGUGUGAAGCACUUGCAUUGAUAACCUGCAGCUCAGAGACCCUCAGUCUCACUCAGUGGACGUCCCCCUCGCCAGGAACUCCCUCGGUCCUGCUCCGUCUGGCUUCUGUCUUUUCCAGCAACCACCACGAUGCUCACGCCGCCCAUCUUGGUGCUGAUGCUCGGCCUCGUGGCCGCCCGGGCCACCGUCGACGUCCGCACGGCCGCCGCCAUGGCAGCGGGUCUGUGCAAGACCCGCCCCACAGACCUGGUGUUCAUCGUGGACAGCAGCCGCAGCGUCCGUCCCUCCGAGUUUGAGCAGGUCAAGGUUUUCCUCGCCAAGGUUAUCGAGGGCCUGGACGUGGGCCCCAACGCCACCCGCGUGGGCGUGGUCAACUACGCCAGCCGGGUUAAGAACGAGGUGUCUCUGAAGACCCACCGCACCAAGGCGGGCCUCAUCAAGGCCGUCACCAAAGUCGAGCCUCUGUCCACGGGCACCAUGACGGGACUCGCCAUCCAGUUUGCGCUCAACGUGGCUUUCAGCGAGAACGAGGGCGCCAGGGUCAAAUCUCCUGACAUCAGCAAGGUGGCCAUCAUUGUGACCGACGGGCGUCCCCAGGACAACGUGAAGGACAUCGCCCAGCGCGCUCGCGACGCCGGCAUCGAGAUCUUCGCCAUCGGCGUGGGCCGCGUGGACAUGAGCACGCUGAAGCAGAUGGCCAGCGAGCCCCUAGACGAGCACGUGGACUACGUGGAGAGCUACAGCGUCAUCGAGAAGCUGACCAAGAAGUUCCAGGAGGCCUUCUGUGUGUCGGACCUGUGCGCCACUGGGGAUCAUGACUGCCAGCAAAUAUGCAUAAGCUCCCCCGGAUCGUACAAGUGUGCCUGCAAAGACGGCUUUACCCUCUCAGACGAUGGUCGCACCUGCAGUGUGUGCGUCUGCGCAGCUUGCAGCAACUCGGCCACAGAUGUGGUGUUCCUGAUCGACGGCUCCAAGAGCGUGCGUCCUGAGAACUUUGAGCUGGUGAAGAAGUGGAUCAACCAGAUCGUUGACAAACUGGACGUGUCGGACAGUAAAGCCCACGUGGGACUGGUGCAGUACUCCAGCUUGGUCCGACAGGAGUUCCCUCUUGGCCGCCACAACAACAAGAAGGACCUGAAGGAGGCGGUGAAGAAGAUGGCCUACAUGGAGAGGGGAACCAUGACGGGGCAAGCCCUGCGCUACCUGACCGACAAGAGCUUUAACGUGGGUCACGGGGCGCGGCCCGGGGUCGCCAAGGUGGGCAUAGUCUUCACGGACGGCCGCAGCCAGGACUACAUCGGGGAGGCCGCCAAGAAGGCCAAGGAGAUGGGUUUCAAGAUGUACGCCGUGGGGGUGGGCAACGCCGUGGAGGACGAACUGAAGGAGAUUGCCUCGGAGCCCACCGGGGAGCACUACUUCUACACCGCCGACUUCAAGGCCAUGACGCAGAUCGCCAAGAAGCUGCAAAUCAACAUCUGUCAAGAGGAAGACCCGUGUGAGUGCGACACUUUGGUAAAGUUCCAGAAGAAAGUAGAAGAAGCCCUGCAGGCGCUAACAAAGAAAAUAGAGACUAUGUCCAAGAGGAUCGCUUUGCUGGAGAACAAGAUCGUCUGAGGAGGACGCGACCGACACGUGUCCACGCUCAACCGGUUCGUAGCCUCCUCCGUUUUGUCCUCGGCCGACCUGGGAAACUAAGCUUCGGUUGCCAUGGAGACCUCCGUAGCCGGCUUGUGCGUUUGUUAAUAAAAGUCUUCCCUCAUAGGGAAACAGUGGGGAUAAAAAAAA